UCAUAACCCCAGCAACCGCCGCAACCCCCUCACUUGUGCUCCUUUUGUGUUUGUAGAUAUCCCUUUCGCCUCUCUCCCUGUCUCUCUCUCUCUCUCUCUCUUUCGCUCUCGCGCGCGCGCACACGCCCAAAUCGCCAUGGCCGCCCCACUCCGCUACGCCCUGCUCCAUAACCCCGCAACAGACCUAUCCGGGAAACACCAUGGCUACAUCCUCCGCGUCAUCCCCUCCUCCUACCGCGCCACCGCCGCGGCGAAAUCCACUACUUUAUGCUCCCUCCUCCGUCUCAAACGCACAAACCCUAACCUCCCUCGCUCCCUCUCCUCCUCCGAUCUUCCCUCCCCUGGUGGCGGCGCUGGCGACGGCAUUCACUUCAGCGGCGGCGGCGGCGGCGGUGGCGGUGGAUGGGGCUCCGAUGGGACUCCCGGCGACCAUCACCACGGCGAGGAGCCCUCUGGUGGUUCCGGGCCCCUUGGCGUCUUCCUCGAGGGUUGGCGAGCUAGGGUCUCAGCCGACCCGCAGUUCCCCUUCAAGGUCCUCAUGGAGGAGCUCGUUGGCGUGAGCGCCUGCGUCCUCGGCGACAUGGCCUCCCGCCCCAACUUUGGCCUCAACGAGCUCGACUUCGUCUUCUCUACCCUCGUCGUUGGAUCCAUCCUCAACUUCGUCCUCAUGUACCUCCUCGCCCCCACUUCUGCCUCGGCCUCCGCUUCCUCUGCCCUCCCUGGAAUAUUCGCGUCCUGUCCCACCGGCCAUAUGUUUGAGCCCGGCUCCUACUCGCUCUUCUCCCGGCUUGGCACCCUGGUCUACAAAGGCGUCACCUUCGCCACUGUAGGGUUUGCUGCAGGGCUUGUGGGGACGGCCAUCUCAAAUGGAUUGAUUGCUUUGAGGAAGAGGAUGGAUCCGGAGUUUGAAGUUCCCAACAAGCCCCCUCCCACGAUGCUCAAUGCCUGUACCUGGGCCUUGCACAUGGGUUUGAGCAGCAACUUGCGUUACCAAACGUUGAAUGGCAUGGAGUUCGUGAUGGAGAACGUGUUGCCUCCGGCUGGUUUUAAGUCGUCCGUGUUGGUUUUGAGGUGCUUGAACAAUGUGUUGGGUGGGAUGUCAUUUGUGAUGCUCGCAAGGCUGACCGGCGCACAGAAGGUAGAGGCGGAUAAGGGAGAAGAGAAGAAGAGAUCGAUUGAUAGUGGUGUUCUAGCGGUUGCAGAGGUUGGAAGCACAAAUUCGCAGAGUGCAUCAAGUAAGUGAUUCUUGGCUUAUUGCUGACGGUCUUCUUUUCCUUUUGUUUGCAAAGGAGGGGGAAACAUCGAAUUGCUCAGAGAAAAUCUAGAAAGAGAGAUCAGGGAAAGUGUUUUCACUAAGCCAAGUUGUUUGUACUGUAGGAAUGCUUAAGAUUGGUGUGACUUAUUUCAAUGAAUAAUGAAUAAUGAGGUGAAUUUGGUAGAAUAAUUCAGAACAAAAACAUCUCAUGAUGCUAUCAAUUAU